AGCGAGAGAGACUCCCCGAAACCCGAGAAAGUCCCGUCGCGUUCCGGUUUUGUCAUGAAUCAAGAAGCGAAACGCCACGCCACGCCCGCAAGCCCCUCCUCUUCUUCGACCACCUCCUUGGACUCCGGUGGAAGCGCGAGAGACCCCCAUCGCCCUCCUCCUCUCUCGCCGCCGUCGCCGGCAAUGUCCGCCGCGGUCUCUCCUCUCAUCGCCGCCCAGCUCAACUACCUCCUCGCGCACUCCCCUCUCCCUCUCAAGGUCGGACAAGUGUGGGCCGGAAGCAAGAACGGCCGCUACGCCGACCGCUUCACCCUUCUCGUCCCCUUCUGCCUUGAUUACAUCAAGUGGGAUGUUGUAUUCAAUGCGGGGUACCCGUCGGUGCCGCCGGACUUUGUAUUUCCGCCGGAAGAUGACGACUUUCACCCCUUGAUUCCUGUUGGCGAUGUCAAGGAGGAGAAGGAAGGGGAGGGGGAGGGGCACUUGAGCAAGAGCAGCUUGAGCGAUUGGAACAGUAAAGACCCUUCUCGGCUGUUGGCUCUUGUUCAUGAAUUGAGGGAUUUAUACAUGCACUACCAGAAGAAGCGGAUCGAGGAGCUUGAUGAUGCGAGGCUGAAGUUUGAAAUAAGCACAAUUCUCUCGAGAGAGGGGAUUGAAGUUUGUAUGAUUUCUUCACAUGACAGGCCAGAGGAGGUAAAGUUUGCUGUCCCUUUACUGGAUAUAGACUUGAACAAAUUGGUUCUUGCAUGUCCUUGGAGACAUCAGCAAAAGAUCUACUUACAGGUUGUAUUUCCUGUACACACAAGUUAUUCCUCUGCUCCUUCUGCUCCACGCAUAAAGUUAGUCUCUUCUUCAGAGCUGAAGAGUUUGUUCUCUGUAGAAGAUGUCAAACUUCCACCAUGGUUAGAUGGGAUGUGUAUGGCUGAAUAUCUUCCCAAUUUAGAAGAAAAUCUCAAAACUCAGGUUUUGGAGGCAGUUGCUUCAAUUGGUGCUAGAAGAUGUUUUAUUGAGGCAUUGCCCUCUCUAUUUGGAAGGCCACUAGAAGCUGAUCCGGUUUUUUGCAGGAGAGCCACGGUGCUUGUUGUCUCUGGCGUUUUCACAUUUCUGGUUCAUUUUUCAAUCCCCACUCAGUUCCCUAAGCAACAGCCUAUCUUGACGCUGCAAAGUUCUCAGCAUUUUAAUUCUCAAGGCACCCCAAUAUUAUCACCUCCUAUAAACGAUUAUCCGUGGAGUCCCAGAUGGGAUGUGCCGGGGAUGGUUGAGCGCAUCUUUGACUUUCUGGUUGACGAAUGUUUGAACUUCAAGAAAUAUUGUAAUGAGACCAUGCCUCAGCAGCAGUAGCAUGAUGCUAUAAGAGAAAGGCUGCACUUUUUUUGAUCUUUCUUAAAGUGGGUUUGAAGUAUACACCAAGCACAGCAUGGGUCGCACAAACUUUUCUCCCAGAAGCAUUGUGGUAGUUCCCCACAUUUUAGCACAGGAGAAGGGUCAAGGAAGGUUUUAGGUUGUGUAUAAUUGACAUCCUGGAAAAAGAUGUAAACAUUGGUUCACAGCUUUUGGACAUUCUCUUGCAAUCCUUGUUUUGCUCUUGUGAUCUCAUUAAGAAUUUCGCGUUGUAUCGUGGCAUGAAUAUUGUAUAGUCAGGUCAUUUGUGUACCUUAUUUGGCCUUUCUAUUCAUUUGACUCCUGAAUCUUCUGUCUUCUA